GCCGCGCCUAUGGUUGCUUUUGGCAGGGUUGGAACUUUGUUUUGCUGAUUGGACAGUGGCUUCAGGGGCUUGCCGAGUUGACAGCGAUGGAUGCUUGCAGAGUCCCCGCUAUCCUUCAAGCUACAGAAAUAGCCAGAACUGUGAAGUCACUGUGGCUGAUGGCAAUUCCAAAUCCAUCAACGUGAAGGCCUUUGACACUGAAACUGGUUACGACAUUUUAGAAGUGAAUGGUCGACAGUACAGUGGCACUGCGGGCCCAAACGAUGUGGUGCCAUCUGGAACAAUUACUUGGAGUUCAGCAACUUGCUUGAAAUUAGAUUGCAUUUUCUUGAGGAGAUCAAGGAGUGAACCGUGCUGAGUUUGAUUCGCAUUGGCAAGCAGUGUGCCAGGCCAGCAUUUUCGAACAGGCAUGGAAAUAAACACGACUACGGUACGGAUAUGCAGAAAAAAA